GUACACGGCCUAUUCCGUGGCCUUGGCCUACGUCGUGAAGCUGGUGGGUCCUGUGUUGGUAGGGCGGCAGGCCUACGUGCAGUUUGCCUUCCUGAUGAAGGUCAUGGUGGCUCUCAGCGUAAUCCUCGGAGCCAUUUCGGCGAUCUUCAUCCUUCCCAACCUUACCGAGCUUGCGGGCUACUACUCGCAGCAGGCCUGCGAGUUCGCGAACACCCGGGAGUGCCUGGGCAUCUAUGCCGGCCUCUUUUCCUCGGGCCUGGGGAAGUACGACAGCACGAUCUUCGACACUUUCCGGGCCUUUGGUUUCACGGUUUUCGCGACUUGCAUCUUCAGCGUGGCAAAGGCGGGGCUCUAUGCUUGCCAGGACUUCCGGUUCAUGGCUAAGGCUUCUACGCUGGUUUUCCUGGUGAUCUUCCUUCCUGUGCUGCUGGUGGCACGAUUCUUCUUUGUGAGCGCGACGGCGCUGUACGUGGCUUCCGUGCUGCCCAGCUGGAUACUGACUCUCGUGUUCCUCUGGCGCCUUCAAAGGAAUUGCCAGAAGAUGAUGCAGCGGUCCAGCCUGCCCGGGAGGCAUGAGGUGAGCAUGGGCCAGAUUUGA